CAUGUUAUUCUGAUGGUAAACUUGUUUCUUCAAAACCUGGUGCUAACCCAGAACCAAAACCAUGUGCUGGUAAUAUAGGGACCCAGAUCACGGUAGAGGAUCUCUUUUAUAAUGUACCUAUGCGAAAAAAAGCAUUGAAAAAUUCCAGUGAAGAAUAUAAUAGAAUCUUAGAUGUGGUUAAUCGAUACGCUAUUCAUAAAUCAGGAAUUAGUUUUACAUGUAGAAAACAAGGCUCAAAUCAGGCUGAUUUGAGUACACUUCUUUCAUCAACAACUUUAGAUAAUAUACCACUUAUUAACCAAUUUGAUUCAGCAUCAUUACCCGAAGAAUCAGUUUCAGCUCUAGAAUUUGAUCAUGAUAAACCAAUUUUCGAUUUGAAAAAGAAGAAGAAUGAAACCAAAAAUAAUGGUGGUUACCAACUCGCUAAAAAACGAUCUGCCUCUACAGGUAAAUCUCGUGAAAUGGCAAGAAAUUCAAGUUCGAGUCAGAAAGAAUCUUAUUUAACACCAUCAGAAUCUUAUGUCAUGUUACCACGCUCACAUUUACCCGAUAAGGAUACUAAUGAUGAUAGACAACGAGCUAGCAUCAGUUGUCAUUUAAAAAUUACUAAUCGACUUUUUGACCUGAUGAAUUCAAGAUCUGAGCCGUCACAUCCAAUUUGUCAGGAGUGUGUUGACAUUUUGUUGGGUAACUUGAAUAGACAAUUAACUGAUGCUUCGAAAGAACGAGAUUUUUAUAAAAGUUUUCUAGAAAAAGCGAACAAAAGCAUUAUUGGUGACGUUGAUGCAGAAAAAAUCCAAAAAGAAAUCCAAAAGAUUAAAGAUAAUGAAUUGACAGCAAUUAACACAUUAAAAGAUAUUGAAAAAGAGGGAGAAAUAUUGAAAAAAGAAAUUGGAAAGUUGAAAACUGAAAUAAGUAAACUUGAUAAACUUGAAGAGAGGGAUAGUAUAAAUUUAAAAUAUGAUCAUGAUACUAAAUUAUUAGAAAAAUUACAUAAAACUAAUGUUUAUAAUGAUACCUUUUGUAUUGGGCAUGAUGGAAACUUUGGGACAAUAAAUGGAUUUAGACUUGGUCGUUUACCUAAUAUCACGGUGGAAUGGCAUGAAAUUAAUGCUGCAUGGGGUCAAACAUUAUUAUUGUUGGUAACAAUUGCUAAUAAACUUAACGUUACAUUCAAAAAUUACAGAUUAAUUCCUUUGGGUUCUUUUUCGCGAGUUGAAAAAAUUGAUGGUGAUAAUAUAGUGAGUUAUGAAUUGUAUGGCACAGGUGAUAUAGCAACAGGAAGAUUAUUUCAAAAUCGUCGUUUUGAUAGCGCGAUGGUAGGAUUUUUGAAUUGUCUACAACAAUUAGGUGAAUGUGUGGAAAGUAAAGAUUCUAAAUUGAAGUUACCAUAUCGAUUACAAUUCAAUCCAGAGGAAUGGACUAGAGCACUCAAGUAUACUUUGGCUAAUAUUAAAUGGAUUUUAGCGUACGCUUCAUCAUUAACAAACAACGGAUCAGACUAA